AUGCAACCCUUGGCCGCCGGAUUCACAACCACGACGGCCCAGCGUCAAAAGCAACAAUCACCGUGCCACCAGGUUCAAACAGGUCCUCGACUCGCCCUCCUCGCGACAUAUAAAAGCGACGCUGGCAGUCGAGCCUCACAGUCCUCCCGCGACCCCAAUCCCACAAGACACAAACCUGCUCCCCUCAAACCGCCUCCGUCUCCUACUCAACCUUCCCAAAUCUCAUUUAUACCAAGUCAAGUCAAGUCAAGUCACCAGAACCACUCCAUCGUCUACUGGACUCAUCCGCAAGCGCCAAAAAUGAAGCGCCAAUCGACCGCAGCGCACUCGACCACCGGCGCCGCAAAAAGAGUCACAUUUGCACUCUCGACAUUCGCGUGUACCAAGGACCCCAAGCACGGCACAUACACCGGCCUCGUCGAGACUUGCGACGGGCACCCCGUCGUUCCGGGCUGUCCCGUCUGCGCGGAGGAAUACAUGGCCCAGCGGGCGGCGGCGUACCGAUCGACGAAUGGAGCUGGACCGCGUGCCGGCCAAGACAAGUAG